AUGGACGAGGAACUCUUGGAGAUCCACUCGAAGGACUUUUUGAUCAAAUGGUUCCACGCCGCCGACAACCUGGUCAUCGACUGGCAGGUGACCCCGCAGAAGAAGCUGAUCAACUUUGCCAUCUACCGUAAGGUGGAAGAUGCUACGCUGGGGGUCGACAUCAAGGACCUGGUCGACCACGGCAGCGACGACCACUCGGGCCGCUCGCGGCUGGAGCUGUUGCUGCUGGUGAACCGGGUGACGUCGCUGAUCUACAAGCUGAAGCAGCGCCUGGGGACGUUCAACUUGUUGAACAGCACCGACUUGACGUUGGUGAAAAACUACUAUAAGUUGCUCGGCAACGAGACCGUCCACGGCAAGCUCGAGGUGCAGCAGGGCGGGGUGUUUGCGUUUGUGUUCGAUAAUUCGUUUUCGAAAACGAUCGCGAAAAAAGUGUUGUUUUCGGCGGUGAUCGAACUGCUGACGCUGCUGGUGGCGGCCACUCCGUUAGUGCUGAAUGACGACGAGGGCGCCGACGCCAGUGCCGACCAAGGAUUCGAGCACAUCGGCACCCAGGGGCUGCAAAAGCAAGGGGAAUUGUUGCAAGGGGUGUUGCUCAAACGUAAACGGAAAAAGCUCCAGGGGUUCACCAAGCGCUACUUCAUCUUGCUGUUCAAGUAUGGCACCUUGUCGUACUAUAAGGUGGGCGAGAAUAAGUUGCGGGGGCAAAUGCCAAUCAAGACGCUGAUGAUUUCCGCCAACCAGAAGAACCGCGAGAUCGUCAUUGAUUCGGGGAUGGAAAUCUGGGACUUGCGGGCCCAGCUGAACGAGGAAUUCAACACCUGGGUCGACGCCUUUAACCAGAUUAAGCUGAAGAAGGACUGGGCCCGGUCGCUGACUGCACUUACCCAGGGUGUAUCGGAAGACGGUACUCAGUACGUGUUGGAUGAGCUCGAAUACAUCGCCAACAAGCUUGAGGACUUGAAGGACCUCACCAGCGAGCGCGACCCCGACGUUGUCGGCGACGUUAACGAUAUCUACUUGGACGUGCUUGACUUAAUUGACGAUAUCGUUGACGGCACUCGCGGCGACGCCAGUAACGUGGCUCUGGUCGCUGACGAAGGCGACGACGUUGGCCGUCUGGGAGUGGUGAUGCUCAACGGCCACCACCAUCUGGGCCUGGACUACAGCAGCGACGAGUACAGCGACGACGACUACGACGACUACGACGACCAGGAGCUGCUGAACUCGGAACUGCUGGGCUACGGCCGCGGUCUCGGUCCCAUUGACGAGCUGGAUGAAACCCAGAGCCAAUUGGACCGCACCCCGUCUACUUCACCGUCAAUUGAAGCUGCGGGUGUUGCUGCGGGCGCCGCUGCUGCUGGCGCUGCUGGCGCCGGGGCUGCUGCUGCUGGCCACCAUAAGGCCGCUCAUGGUAAGCCUGCCGCUAGCGAAGACGAAGACCAUACUCUCUACCCGUUGCCGCACGACCCCGUGCACCGCAACCCGGACAUUCCUGCUUGUGAACACCAGCCGCCCUCGAUUCUUGGGUUUGUGCGUAAGAACAUCGGUAAGGAUCUCUCGACGAUUGCCAUGCCCGUGGACAUGAACGAGCCCCUCACUAUUUUGCAAAAGUUUGCCGAACAAUUUGAGUACAGUGACCUUGUCGACAAUGCCCUCGACAGUCAUGAUGACGGUGAACGGAUAUUGCGUAUCGCGGCGUUCGCUGUUAGUGGGAUGUCGCUGCAGCGUGAAAAGGAACGGAACAACCGUAAACCGUUUAACCCGUUGUUGGGUGAGACUUUCGAACUUGUGCGUGAAGACAAGGGCCUCAGAAUGAUCCUGGAAAAGGUGCUGCAUAGACCCCCCGUGUUUGCUUACUACGCCGAAACCAGCGACUGGACGUUCCAAUACGCCCCGUCGCCUAACCAGACUUUCUGGGGUAAGAAUGCCGAAAUCGUCACCAACGGUACCGCCAAGCUUACCAUCCGCAAAACGGGUGAAGUGUUCACGUGGACGUCGCCGCUGACGUUGCUUAAGAACAUUAUUGCUGGUGAAAAGUACACCGAGCCAAGUUCUGAGCUCACCGUCAAGUCGCUGAAGGGUUACAAGGCGGUGUGUGACUUCGCCAAGGGUGGUAUGUUUUCCGGUCGUCUGGAAGACCUCACCAUCAAGGCGUUUGACGGCAGCAAGAAGGAACUUCCUUACUCGGUGACGGGUAAGUGGACCGAGCUGUUAACGUUGAAGAGCAGCCACACCAACACCCAGAUCUGGCACGUCGGCAAGGUGUUGCAACCGCCGAAGAAGAAGUUCGGUUUUACCGAAUUCGCCGGUACUUUGAACAAGAUCACCCCCAUUGAAGACGGCAAGAUUGCGCCUACCGACUCGAGAUUGCGUCCUGAUAUGCAAGUCUACGAAGAAGGUAACGUCGACAAGGCCGAACAAUUGAAGGUGAAGUUAGAAGAAGACCAAAGAACCCGUCGUAAACAGUUUGAAGAAGAAGGUAAGUCCUACAAGCCGAUGUUCUUCGAGCAUGUGGGUGCUGGUGGUCCUGACCAAGGCGAGUGGGUGUACAAGACCGGGCACGAGAGUUACUGGAACCGUCGUGCUCGUGGCGACUGGCAAGGGUUGAUUAAGUUGUGGUGA